CUUACUUCCUAUCUAUAUCAGGAAUUUCUUCGCCAACAGUUACUUUUUUUUUUUUUUCAAGGAAAUAUGCUUGCAACCCCGCAAAAAGAUGCACCUUAUUCUUGGGAACGCAAGUACCCCGUCGAGCGAUUACCAAAUCCACGGCCUCGAGCUCUCACCAUCCCUCUAUCGGAGGAUGUAAACAAUGAGCUUAUCAGCGACAACAGCAUUGAUGUACCAAGGAACCUUGAGUUCUCUAUGAGCGUCAACUUGGAUCGUCAAUGCAGCUCGAAGUCUGGAAAGGAUAUAACGAGCAUACAGCAAACUCACGAUCAGCAGCAGUCACCCCUUUGUCGCCUGCCGUACGAGAUCAGGUUGAUUGUUUGGAAAUAUUGCCUGAGCGGAUUCCGUUGGCAUAUUGCCUACCAUGGAAGUAGAUUGAUUGGUAUUGAAUGCACCGAAGACCACUCGUGGCUUGAUCUCUCCGAGUAUGUUCAAAAACUUUCAAUAAAGAAAUCAGGUCCCGCUCGAAUGGGACCAGUCGGUCGAGUGCCUAUUCUGUUAUCGUGUCGAUUAAUAUACUCUGAUACUGUACCUCUUCUGUAUGCAAACAAUAUCUUCGACUUCCAAGACGGUUACGUUCUCCCAGUCCUAGCAAAUAGUAUCCUUCCGUCUCGACUAAACUUGAUUCGCACGGUCAAGAUGCACACAUCUUACCACACUUCCAUGUCCAGAGAGGAAACCAGCCCAGAAAUUUACAGGGAUUGGAAGCGACUAUGCUCCGUCCUAAGUGAAAUGAAAGGCCUAGAGAACCUGUUCAUACUUAUCUGGACAUUACGUUUAUACGAAGGCGGAAAGCUAGAUGCCAUCCUUGGCCCGCUAGCCAAUAUCAAGGCCAAAGUCCUGGAGAUAUUUCUACCAGACCGGGCUACCUGGCAAGACGAGGAUCUCCCCCCUGGUUUAAUUGAUCGACCUUGUUUGAAGAUUAUGAGGAGGAAGAGCGAGGUGUCGUGGCAAUAUGGCCAACGCAAAUCGAGCUUUGAUGAUAGGAAUGAUCCUAUGGAAUCAUACUAAUGUGGUGAUACCAUCUGUAUGACAGUU